AACACUGGUACUGCUAGGCACGAUCUUAGGCGACUGGGAUGAGGCAAACAAGUGCCGUAUUGACGCUUGGGCGCUGUAUGUUGAUACUACAUUGGCAUCCUAGAGGUAAGAACGCAACUGCUGAUGCAUACCUGGACGAGAUACGCAACGAGCUCGAUGAUCUGAACAAUGCGCUUAAGGCAGACGCACCGGAGGAUUGGGAAGACGCGGAGGUAGCGACCGCUAUAAGUGUUGUGUGGACAACGCCACGGAGGCCAUUGAGGACAUGAGGGCGGAGUUAGAGUCCUUCAACAUGGCUUAGGGCGAGGACCCCAUCAUCGUUGGAGAAGAGCCCAUCGCACGACCCGUUACCAUGGCAGA